GCCUAUACACUCCCUCUCCCUCUCCUCCCUCUCUCUCUCUAUCGUUUUCAGUCACCGGCUUAGUCUUUACACUCAACACACAUCGCCUCCUCAUUGCAUCUGUCCUCCUCUCCCUGAAGUGAGGGACAAUGCAUCCUCUCUUCAACUCUUCUCCGCUUGUCUGUAACCGUUGCAAGGUUGCAAAGAGAGGAUUUUUGCUGCAAAGCCUGGGACUUGCCGGAGGACUGGGUCAGGGCUGGUUGUGAGUCUGAGGAGACAUCUGCUUCUGCUGCUCCUGUUGGGAUGCAGAGCUUUGCGGGACUUUUGUCUGCCGGGUGACACCACGUUAUUUCCUGCAUAGUUGCUGGACGGAUCACAGCUGUCGUGGUUCUAACCUCAUCUUGGCUGCGAGCUGUGUGGAUUCAGACCAGCACAGGAUUCCUUUAGCCGCAGCUCUCGCUCUGACCAGGACUGCACAGCUGUUCGUUCUGAUAUUCACCUCGCAGCGCUUUAAAAAAGUCAUGUUUGCUCAUCCCGCUCGGGGAUUUCCAUGAGAACCGGCAGCAGGACUGGACACAGACUUCCGAGCUCACGCAGAAGUUAAAAGUCGAGACGCUCGUUCUCUCGCAGCCAUGCAGGUGUCCUUUGCGUGCACGGACCACGGGCUGAAGGCCCCUCGCAACGGCGAGCACAGCAAGCAGAACGCCACCAGCCCCAACACAGCCAGCCAGGCCCGGGCCCGCUUUCGCACCGUAGCGCUCAUAGCUCGCAGUUUGGGAUCUUUCACCCACCGCUACCACCACAACCUUAAGGAGUCCACCGCCAAGCUCACUGGCAUGAAGUACCGGAAUCUCGGAAAGUCUGGUCUUCGGGUCUCCUGCCUGGGUCUCGGCACGUGGGUGACAUUUGGAGGUCAGAUCUCAGAUGAGGUGGCUGAGCAGCUGAUGACAAUUGCCUACGAGAGUGGGGUUAAUCUGUUCGACACAGCAGAAGUUUACUCCGGAGGAAAAGCAGAGAUAAUCCUGGGAAACAUCAUCAAGAAAAAGUGCUGGAGGCGGUCCAGCCUCGUGAUAACAACCAAGCUAUACUGGGGAGGAAAAGCAGAGACAGAAAGAGGGCUCAACAGAAAACACAUCAUUGAAGGUCUGAAGGGCUCCCUCCAGAGGAUGCAACUUGAGUAUGUAGAUGUGGUUUUCGCCAACCGACCCGACAGCAACACUCCCAUGGAGGAAAUAGUUCGCGCCAUGACGCAUGUGAUCAACCAGGGGAUGUCCAUGUACUGGGGGACAUCGAGGUGGUCUGCUAUGGAGAUCAUGGAAGCCUAUUCGGUGGCCCGGCAGUUCAACCUAAUUCCACCCGUGUGUGAGCAGGCUGAGUACCACUUUUUCCAGAGAGAUAAAGUAGAAUCCCAACUCCCGGAGCUCUACCACAAGAUUGGUGUCGGAGUGGUCUCUUGGUCCCCCUUGGCCUGUGGCAUCAUUACUGGGAAGUAUGAAAACGGUGUACCGGAAUCAUCCAGAGCUGCAAUGAAGCCGUACCAGUGGUUAAGGGACAAGAUAAUGAGUGAGGAUGGGAGGAAGCAGCAAGCCAAGCUGAAGGAACUGGCUCACAUCGCUGAGAAGCUGGGGUGCACGCUGCCGCAGCUGGCCAUUGCAUGGUGUCUGAGGAACGAAGGCGUGAGCUCGGUCUUGCUGGGAUCCUCAAAUCCAACCCAACUGACUGAGAACCUGGGUGCAAUUCAGGUAAUCCCAAAGAUGACGGCAGGUAUCGCGACUGAAGUGGAUCAUAUACUUGGGAAUCGGCCUCACAACAAGCGAGACUACCACCACUAGGUCAGACGGAAGUCAGCUCUGAAGGCAACAGAAAGCCAAACCCUCACAGCCAUAGCACAAUGAGUGCGUGCCCAUCUUUGCUUGAGUGCACGUACGACUGCAUUAGUGCGCAACAGUUCUGCUUGGCGCCUUGUGUGUACAAAGAUCAGCCAGUAUUCAGAUUCUUAGUGAGCUACUUGACUAAACAUGCAUGCUGCAGUCAUGACAGCCGGACUGAUGGUAACAAUGGUUGGUUCCUGGUCACAUGGAUAAGUGACCGAGGUGAUGCUUGUGUCCUGCAAGUCGGGUAAUUCUGCCCCCGUACCCGGUAAAAGAAAAACAUUUCAGAGGGCUUAACUUGCCAUCAUUCAAAUACUACAUAUCUACGAUAAGGUGCAUUAAAUUAUUUCCAGCAUAUUUAAAUCUGCCUUACUAGUCUUAUCAGGAUGUUGAAUUACAAGUUAACAGCGCAUUUCAUCGGAGUAAAAGACUUAUUAAUGUAACUAGUUCUGCAUUACUACACACAGGACCUAGUUUAACAAAAGUGUGAUGACUGUUACACAUUUAAAUUCAUGUGUCAAGAGGAUCUCCACACGUCUGUAUGGUUUUCUCCAGUUUUUCUCGUGAUUUAAAUGUACAACCGUGUAGUCUCAUACCCCCGUACUUCAAUUUAAUUCGGCCAUGCUUUAGUGAGUGAUGAUGGGGUCCAAAUAAUUUGACUUUAUUGGUGUCUUGUAGCUUAACUGGUCCUGUGAACAUCUAAGAGAUGACAUCCGGAGGGGACAUUUACAAUGGUAAAUUUGUAAAAAUAAGAAAUAUGGAGCCGGAUGUUUUGCAUCUUUAUUUGUAUUUCGAAUCCAACCGUCAUCAGACGCCCAUAACACAAAAUGACUAUGUAACGCUGUCUUUGUUCAACUGUGAAUUCUGGUGUUGUUCACCAGACAUGUACAUAAAAAUAAAGAGCUUAUAAUUUAAGUUGUCCCUGUGUGUCUUUGUGACAGGACCAAAAGUGUAUCUAUCUGAGUCAUGUACUUAAAUGUCAAUGUUUAUGUCAUUAAUAUGUCUUUUACUGAUGGUUU